GUACAAAACGUCUUUACAAUAUAAUUUUUUUGGGUGAAUGUAUUUUUCGGAUGAAUGAGUUUUGCAAUAUCAAAUAUACUAAUUACUCCUAAAUUCUUAAAUAAAUGAUGAACUAGCAUCGUUGAAGAUUUAGAUUAUCAAAAGUUUGUUUUUGGGCGGGAGCUAGGCAAAAGCUUGAGUGACCAAACUUUGCAACCCCCCUUGAACUCCAGUUAAUGGAUACUACGCAUCUCCUUGAGGACCUAGAUAUUAUAACUAAUAGUUAUUAGUUAGAAUUUAUAAUUUAGAACACCAUCCAUCAUUUGCAUGUACACAUUUUUUAAGCAAACACACUCUCCUCACUCGUCACUUUCUUAUUGUUCUUUUCUUCUACACCACUGUUUAUCUCAUAAGUCUCCUUACUUUCUCAAAACCGUGCAUGCCCGUUUCCUCAAAUUGGGUCUUAAUACCUAUACCUACUUGGGUAAUCGCAUUAUUGAUCUUUACACCGAGUUCGGCCACAUUAAUGAUGCCUUGAAGGUGUUUGAUGAUAUUUCUUACAAGAACUCCACGUCCUGGAACAUUUGUUUGAAAGGGUUGGUCAAAAGUGGCCAGCUUGAUAAUGCCUGCCACAUGUUUGAUGAAAUGCCUGUUAGAGAUGUUGUUAGUUGGAACACCCUGAUUUCGGGUUAUGCUUCUUAUGGAUUUUCUAGUCAUGCCUUGGAGCUUUUUGUUGAAAUGCAAAGUACUGGUGUGAAACCAAGUUGGUUCACUUUCUCCAUUUUAACAUCGCUUGUAUCAAGUCCUUGUCAUGCUAAGCAGGUUCAUGGUAGGAUGAUCAGAAGUGGAAUGGAUUUGUCUAAUGUGGUGCUCGGAAAUUCAUUGAUAGCUAUGUAUGGAAAGCUUGGUCUUGUUGAUUAUUCUUUUGAUGUGUUUUUUACUAUGAAGCAGCUUGAUGUUAUAUCUUGGAACUCUCUGAUGUGGGCCUGUUGUAGAGCUGAUUGCCAAGAGCUGGCUCUAGAGCAGUUCUGUUACAUGAGAGCUGCAGAGUUAUUACCCGACCAGUUUACGUGUUCAAUAUUGAUGAGUGUAUGUUCUAACUUGCGAGAUUUGGAAAAGGGUAAGCAAGUUUUUGCCUUUUGUUUCAAGGUGGGAUUUGUUUAUAAUAGCAUUGUAUCAAGUGCUGCUAUUGAUCUCUUUUCCAAAUGCAACAGAUUGGAGGAUGCUGUGCGGCUCUUUAAAGAACAUGAACAAUGGAAUUCAGCUCUAUGCAAUUCCAUGAUUUCAUGUUAUGCUAGACAUGACUUGGGAGAAGAUGCUCUGCAACUUUUUGUGCUGACCUUGAGGAAGAAUAUCAUGCCAACGGAAUACACGGUUAGCUGUCUUCUGAGUUCUGUUACCAUUUUCUUGCCAAUAGAAGUGGGUAAUCAAAUCCAUGCUUUGGUCCCUAAAUUGGGUUUUGAGUCAGAUACAGUUGUUGUCAGUUCACUUGUUGAUAUGUAUGCUAAAUUUGGAUUUAUUGAUGAUGCCUUGAAUAUCUUCAAUGAAAUAAAAACAAAAGAUUUGGUAACAUGGAACACUAUAAUGAUGGGACUCUCUUACAAUGGAAAAGUGUCUGUGACCAUAGACCUCUUCAAGGAAUUGGUAAGAGAAGGAACACCACCUGAUCAAAUAACAUUUGCCGCAGUUCUUCUAGCAUGCAAUUAUGGGAAUUUGGUUGAUGAAGGAAUUAAAAUAUUUUCCCUAAUGGAGAUGGAAUUUGGAAUAAAACCAGAGGAAGAACAUUACUCAUAUGUUGUGGAAAUGUUAUGUAGAGCUGGUAAGCUCAAAGAAGCCAUUGCCAUCGUGAAAAAAAUGUCGUACGGAACUACCCUCGACAUAUGGAGGUCAAUUCUUUCUGCUUGUGCAGUACAUGGAGAUUUGCAAACUAUUGAAAUAAUUGCAACGAAAAUACUGGAGAGGGCACCAAAGACAACCUUACCUUACUUGGUAUUGGCUCAGGCAUAUCAGAUGAGAGGCAGAUGGGAGAGCAUGGUUCGAGUGAGGAAGGCUAUGAAAAAUAGAGGGACUAAAGAGUUCACUGGAUGCAGUUGGGUUGGAAUAAAAAACCAUUUAUAUACUUUUGAAUCAAAUCAAUUACAGCAUUAUGGUGGCAAGGAUCUUUAUCUGCUAUUGAAUUUACUGGCUUGGGAGAUGGAGACUGAAGGAUCUUUAUCUGCUAUUAAUGCUGUGGACUGGAUAAAAUUUGUAAUGCAGUAGUUACAAAAUACAAAUUACAUCAACUUUUUUAUUUUAGUAUUCCAAAGGAAAUUAUUUGAUAGUAGUAUCCAGUAACCACCAUUCUUAUCAAACCAAGUUUCAAGUUGUAAGAUAUAACUCAUAAAGGUAUGACUUUUAAGGAAAAACGCGUGACAUAUGUAUAAUAAAAGCUGAUAUGUUGUAUACAAACUUUAUAAUUCAAGAUUCAAGUCAUAAUUUGUAGCUGGCUA